AUGCCCUACAACUCUAGUCCUCUCUUAAUGAGAGAUGAUAGCGGUGGCCGGUCUUAUCUCAAGAGGAAGAGCAGCUCCUCACAGAGAGGUCGUAGAUCUGAAGUUCAAAGUCCGAUUAAAGGGCGCUCAUCUUCUCUCUCUCAUGAGCCAUCCUCAAGCUCUGCGGCUGUUAUGCCAAAUCUCAAUUCUAAGACAGUGGAUGCGGCAUUCGUUGACCUAUCACCUUCCUUUUGGGAUCUACUACCGUAUUACUUACCGUGCUUCUCAUGGAUUCCAAACUAUACAUGGAUAAAAUUUGGCGGUGAUCUGGUAGCAGGUAUCUCUUUGGCGUCGUUCCAAAUACCUUUAGCAUUAUCAUACGCUACAUCUGUGGCUCAUGUGGAGCCAUUAUGCGGAUUAUACUCACUAGCUUUCACUCCUUUUGUGUAUGCUAUAUUUGGUUCAGUUCCGCAAAUGAUUGUUGGACCUGAGAGUGCAAUCUCUCUUGUUGUUGGUCAAGCAGUUGAAAAAUUAUCCAGCCAUAAUUCUGAAAUUAGCGUAAUGGAUAUAUCUGUGGUUCUCACUUUCAUAAGUGGAAGCUUUCUAUUCAUAUUUGGUCUCUGCAGGUUUGGAUUUUUGGGUAAUGUCUUGAGCAGAGCUCUGUUGAGAGGCUUCAUUAGUUCUGUUGGACUGGUGAUGAUUGUUAACGCGUUGAUAAAUGAACUAAAGUUGAACAAACUGCUAAAGCAAUCUGAAGGACAUUUCCAUACUCCUUUCAAAAAAGUUAUGUUUAUACUGAAGUAUGGUCCUAAGAACUAUCAUAAGCCAACUGCCAUACUUAGCUUGACAUGUUUUGUAAUACUGAUGAUGUUGAGAAUAAUAAAAAAAAAAUUAAUGAAAAGGCAUAGAUGGCCAGUUUUUGUUCCCGAGAUUUUAAUACUGAUCAUCGUGACUAUAUUUCUUUCUGCAAGAUUAGAUUUAAAGCAUGCGUAUGGUAUCAGUGUUAUUGGUGAUUUUAAUACAAGAGGGCUCGACUCGGUUCAGAAUCCUUUGUCGAAAUCGAACAUUGAGUUGAUUCAACCGUUAAUGGGUUCUGGUUUUAGCGUUGCAAUGCUAGGGUUUUUUGAGUCUACGACAGCCUCAAAAUCUCUCGGUAGUGCGUAUGAUUUAGCGAUAUCACCGAACCGCGAAUUGGUGGCUCUCGGAAGUAUGAAUUUAUUCGUAUCUAUCUUUGGUGGGUUGCCAAGUUUCGGUGGUUAUGGUAGGAGUAAAAUAAAUGCCUUUUCCGGCGCCCAGACAGUAAUGUCAGGUGUAUUCAUGGGUGCGAUAGUACUAUUGACCGUAAAGUUCUUACUUUCUUUCAUCCAUUAUAUUCCUGUUUGCAUUUUAUCUGUUGUUACAACUAUUGUUGGAAUUAGUCUACUGGAGGAAGUACCCGCUGACCUAAGAUUUCACUUUGGUUGUCGAGGUUAUGGUGAGCUGGCGAUCUUUGCCAUUACCGUCCUGGCCACUAUAUUUUACUCUGUGGAAAUGGGAAUCUGCAUUGGAUGCGGCUUCUCUGUUAUAACUAUAAUCAAGCAUGCUACCAAAUCUAGGAUUCAAAUCAUGGCGAGAAUAAAGCACACAAGUCAAUUUGUCAAUCCCGACGACUUUUUGGCGAAGUCUAGGUUAAAUUAUGGCUCAGUUUUCAAAGAACUUGAAGAAUUUGAGGGUUGCUUGGUGGUUAGAAUUCCAGAACCACUUACUUUUACAAAUACAGAAGAUUUGAAGGAAAGAUUAAAUAGAAUGGAAAGGUUUGGGUCAGUCAAGGCACAUCCAGCCGCAAAAGGUAAACGGACCAAGGAAGGAACUAGAUAUGUUUUGUUUGACAUGGAUGGCUUGACGUUCAUAGACUCCUCGGCAGCUCAAAUCAUGUUGGAGAUCGUUGCCUCUUAUAAGAAAAGAGGGGUUAAAGUUUUCCUUUCUCGAGUACCCUUCAAUGACGAAAUUCGGGCCAGAUUAGAAUCUUCGGGUGUUACCAAAUAUGUCCAGGAGACAUCAUUGCCCAGCACCGAGUCCUGCGAUGUUGAUACAAAAUUCUCGCCUUACUUUGCAAGCAUCGAGGAGGCGCUCUCUUCAAUAGAUGAAUGUGAGUUAACGAGUGCGACCUCGGAGUAUUCUAGCGAGCAAUCAAGUUUAUUAUCGGCCACACUCAUCAAUUCGAAUCUUGUUUGA